AUGUGGCCGGAAGUCCUAGCCAACAAAACACAAGUCAGACAAUUCCUAGGCACUGUGAAUUACUGCCGGAUGUUUAUGGGCCCUACGUUUGCUGAAGUUGCGAGGCCGUUAGUCGAAUUAACGCGCACGAAUUCGACUUUUACCUGGACGGAGGAUCAUACUGCCGCAGUACGACGACUUAAGCGCCUUCUCUCUGAAUAUACGACUCUGCAGGUUCCCGAUCCUAAUAAACCAUAUACGCUGUACACCGACGCAUCUGGCUAUGCUAUAGGGGCAGUCUUAGAACAGGAGGGCAAACCCGUGGGAUUUCUUAGUCAGGUUAUGAGCGCCACGCAGCAAUGGUAUUCCAUCUACGAUCAGGAGCUACUGGCGCUUAUCUCAGCCCUGGACAAGUGGCGACACCUUCUCCGCGGGGCCCGAGUCACGGCCUAUAGCGAUCACCAAGAAUUGACGUACAUUCAGCAAAUCAACGCACACAAACCUCUACGCGGGCGAACUGGACGGUGGUUGGACUUCUUAGCGGAAUUCCCACAUCUUACGAUAUCCUACCUUCAAGGAGCACAUAACAAAGUCGAGGAUGCCUUGUCUACACACCCUCAACACCAGUCCACAGCCUCGACAACGACCCCACCACUUGUGGUUCCCCUUACCCGACCUCGACCGGCACCCAUGCCCGCGACUCCUCGAUAUUCCACUCGCUCCUCGUCGGGAAACGCACCUAGUAUCGACUUUAGAGCAAUUGCAAGGGUUCGCUCUCAACGCGCGCGCUCCAGGCAGCCUUCUUCCUCCUCACCAGUCACGCUUCUCACGCCUUCAGCUGCGCCUCAGGUUGGGCUGGCCGCACGCCCAUCUCCGCCUCCUUUUGUGCCCAGCAAUUCUCCCUCGUCCACAGCCUCCUCCUCCUCUCCGCCGUCCUCUGAUCCGCCUACCGCAAUUGCGACUACUGACCUCGUUCCGGAAUCGUCCUCGGUGUCGGAAGACCUGUCGCCACAACGCUGGGAAGAGGGUUAUCGGCGCUGUCCCAUCUUCCGCGACAUUGUCCUCACGGCGGACCAUCAUGAUGAAGCCGAGUUUCUUCACCAACUACAAGGCCGCCGAUACCGUUUCAAGUUCUGCCGACCCUAUCUAUACGUUUGCAUACAUGGGCUCUGGCGUAUCUGCCCCCCUACCUUACAGGAAUUUCUUUCGCAUCUCCUUUAUCGUCAUCACGACCACGUUACGGAGGGACACCGUGGAGAACGUAAGACGUUCCUGUCUCUCAGUAAGCUCUACUACUGGCCGGGUAUGCGAGCUUACACUGCUGCAUAUGUCGAGUCUUGCGUGCAGUGUAGGGCAUCGAAGGCGCUUUCGCAACGGCAAGCGGGCCUCCUUCAGCCCCUUCUCGUUCCCUCCAGAAGCUGGAGUCACGUCAGCUUGGGCUUUAUGACGGAUUUACCCCUUACUCCUCGAGGCCACGACUGCAUUCUCGUUCUCGUUGAUUCCUUAAGCAAGGUGGCCCACUUUAUUCCUACGAAAAAGACAGCCAACACAGCAGACACAAUAGAAUUACUCGCAGAUCAGUUGAUUCGCUAUCACGGCUUUCCGGAUGUCUUAAUAUCUGAUCGGGACCCUCGUUUUCAGUCGCAACUGUGGCAGCAGCUGUGUCAGCGCUUCCACAUAAAGCGCGCGAUGUCCUCACCUGAUCACCCGCAAUCCGACGGGCAGACAGAGAGGGUCAACCGCACUCUGGAGCAAAUGCUCCGCACCUAUAUUCAAACAGACGAGAGGGAGUGGGAACGGCUCUUACCGGCACUAGAGCUUGCCUACAACACCACCAGCCAUUCAUCGACAGAACUUAGCCCCUUUGAAAUCAUUAUCGGUCAAAACCCGGUCACCGCAGCAGAUCUGGACAUUGUAGGCAAUCUUGCGCCCACCGUCACCCCGCCAAUGACGAAGAUCUUCCAGCAGCUGUGUGAUAGGGCCCAAAGCCAUAUCCAAAACGCUAAGUGGCAGCAGAAACGUUAUGCUGAUGCCCACCGUAGCGAUGUCCACUAUAAGCCUGGCGACAAGAUUUGGAUCAGCAGCCGCCAUCUUGCAGGCCUCAACCAAUCCCGCAAGUUGGAGCCCCGCUUCCGUAGACCCUUCUCCAUAUUGGAACGCAUCGGUCAGGUAGCAUAUCGCAUUGCGCUCCCUCCCACUUAUUCCUGCCACAAUGUUUUUCAUGUGUCUCAGCUCGUGCCGGAUCGUCCUCGCGAUCCAAUGAUGCAGUCUAAGGAAGCCGCUGUUGGAUGGCCACCGGUACAGGGCCCGGACGGCGCCCCGACCGACACCUACGAAGUGGAUUAUAUCCUCAAUCAACGUGGCUCGGGCCCGGAUACCCAAUAUCUCGUUAAGUGGUGUGGCGCCCCCGAGGACCGCGCAACAUGGGAGCCGGAUGAGCAUCUCACCAACUGCCCGACAAUUCUUCGUGCAUGGCGCCGCUAUUUCAAGCGCGCGAAGGGCAAUGAGCGAGGACUCCAGGACGUCGCCGCGAGCUCAGAGCACCCCAACGCGGCUAGGUCCCCCUCCCAGCCACUUUUCUCGCAAGGGGGGGAAGAGGCGGUGCGGAGCCCUCCGGCAGCCGCACCACUCAGGGCAUCAGACAGCUCGAAUUCGCUGGAUAGAAAUCUAUCGAAGGCCAGUACUGUAGAUUCGGAAGCGGGACCUGAAAGCGUAAUAGUCGAGAAGUAG